AUGGAGAGCCAACCACCUUCGGAACCUCCGGAUGGGGGCGUUGGGGGUCUCAAGACGAGUCAGACAUUGACCUUUAAGGAGAAGGUACUGGGUGCUUCGGCGAAGCGGCCGGCUGUUCGAGAUCUUAUUCAGGAGUGGGCGAUGACGUUGGAAUUUGAGGGUGGAGAUCGGUUGCUACCUAAAUUUAGCAUUACGGCGCCCACCCUUAAACAGUUGUGUGAACCAUGGGAACAGUGUUUAGUGAUCAAGUUGCUAGGGAGAGAGGUGGGGUUCUUAACCUUGCGGGACCGACUACCUGCUUUGUGGAAGAUUCAAGGAGGUUUCGAGCUGCUGGACGUGUCAAAUGGUUACUUCAUGGUGAAGUUUGAUCUGGAGGCGGAUAGGGAAAGGGUCAUGCACGGGGGCCCGUGGAUGCUCUUUGACCACUAUCUGAUUGUGAGACCAUGGUCCCCGGAGUUCGUUGCGUCAGCAACAAAAGUCGAUAGUACUAUCGUAUGGAUCCGGUUUCCAGGUUUCGGAGUUAUGUUCUAUGAUGAGAGUGUUCUCCUAACAAUUGCUUCGGCUAUAGGGAAACCAGUCAAGGUGGAACUUAACACCCUGAACAUGACUCGGGGUAGGUUUGCACGGGUCUGUGUCGAGAUUAAUUUAGAGGAACCAGUUGUAGGAAGGUUUUUUCUCAAUGGUGUGUGGUAUAAUGUGGAAUAUGAGGGAUUACAUUUGCUGUGCUCGUCGUGCGGUUGCUAUGGACAUGUGUUACGGAACUGCCCACACGCAGCUAGGUCGGAGUCAAUGGCAACUGGCGUGGGUGAGAAGGAGACUACGGAACAGCCGCCAAGGGUUCCAACGCAUAGUGAAGGUUCUGCUGCUCAAACGGGUGAGAAGUCUGAUCCGCAUGUCAAGGGGGGAAUCGCGCCUGAUCCUCAUGGCGAUUGGAUGAUCGUGAAACGGAGGAAUCAGAAGCAUAAUUUUGGGAAACCGCAAGGUAAGGGCCGAUUUUCUUCUCAUAAUGGAAGUGAGGAAAUCAAGGAGCAGAAUCAUGCGUUGCCAAGUUAUUCUAAGAAGGGUGCCCACAUUGUGGCGGAAUCACGUGCAUGUAUAAAAAAUUCACGUGCUGCGAGAGAGCCUCCACGUGAACAAGCCCGUGUAUUUGUUUCAAAUAUUGUUGAUGGGGGCCACGGGAUGAUUGAGAAUCAAAACAGUAAGGGCUCCACGCAAGAUAGGAAGAAACGAAGUAGAGGAGAGGAGGUAGGUGCCCACUCACGGUCCACUCCAGCUAGCGAGACGGUCCCAGCGGUGAUGAGCUGUCAUAUGGCCCGUAAACCGAGCAGCAGCCCUCAUCUUGGCGAGCCACGUAUUGUGAUAGAAGGAGGGAUGGGGGAACUACAUACGAGUACGACAUUUAAUGUGCUUCAUACUGGGUGCACUACUACCAUACAUAAUGAUUCCGAGGACAGUGUACAAGAGAUUCUGGGAGAUAUCAUGCAAUACGACCAGCCAUUGGAGACCAUGUUGGCUUGA